CCUAGCCGUGUUACCGGCAAACAAAAUGGCGCGUAGCGCUUGUGUUUUCUGCUCAUGUUCUUACUUUACCAGUUGACGUGCGGCACUUUACUGGAUAUUUUCGUCCUUAUUCUAUAAUUUUGCCGCAGUUAACUUGCUUGGACCCAGCAAUCUGACGUGUGCGGUGUCAGAUAUAGUGGUUCAAGCGGAUGUCACCGAUGCGUUGUAGGAGCGUAGAGUGAGUGCGAGUUUGCGAUACCGGCACACACCGGUGCUCUUCACCAUGGACACGAGCAAGACGAGUAGCAUUAAGUCGCUGCUUCUUCAGGCAUGGAGAGAGAGGUGGACUGAUGUGAGAUGGGGCAUCAACAUCAAGAACGUUCUUCCGCGCGGUGUCAGUGGCGACGUGUACGAUCUCGCCGACUGCAUUUUGCAAGAAGCGUUGGUAGGUCCCGGGCCCAACAACCUUUUUCUGUCCUACCUCACGCACUGCUUGAGCGCCCAGGUGGUGUCUUACGGAGCGGUGCUGUCGAGUAUCGGCCGAUUCCAGUCGUUCUUUAAGCCUCCCUGCAUAUUGAGUCUGCUGCAGCUGCUGUAUAGCAUACAAGCCAAGAUAACCUGCCACGGCAAUGAAGAGGAAUGCAUCGCACUAUGUAAAGCCAUAGUGGGCGUCACCCACUGGUUGUAUCUGUGCAUGUGCCACUCAAUCGGCAAGAUCGUCGAGCUCAAGCAGAGCACAGAGCACGGGCUCAUUUUGGAAAAGGCCUGCGAGUCGCUUUCCUUCUUCAGCGAGUCGACGUUCCUCAAGGCCCUCCUGUACAUCGGCAAGCACGAAGAGCCCACCGUCUACUCGCAGCUCGUGCAAAAGCAGCAAGAACUGGAAACCAAGCUGAGCCAAUCGCAGAGCUUCAGCAUACCUAAGGACACGCUGGAAGGAGCUUUGAAUUUGGUUCGCCUAGUGGACGACAUGCCCAAGAUAUCGCUGUCCUCUUGCGUUAGCGGCCGCGUGCCGAAGCAGCCUCUCGUGUGUAGCCUCAAUGCCAACGUAGCGAUAGAGGCGGUGCUGAACCCUGCCAGCGAUAUUCAAGGCACUGUCGACCAUCUUCUGCUCAUGAAGAAGCUUCUGAACCUCUCUUCAGCGGAGCUUUAUUGUGAGAUAAUUAGAGCUGGCUUCAUGGGGCUGGCCAACGGUAGCAACGAGGACUUAAAGUGGGCUGCUUUUACAUUCCUCAAGGUCCCGCAGCUGCUGUUGAAAAUACACAGUGCUCGAAAGGAUGACCGGCAGUGGGAAGAGGAGCUGGAAGCUGGACUGAUGCAGCUGCUGAACUACUCUCCAUUGCUUGAUCUUACCGACUCAAAGUGUCACUGUGAUUGCCUUCAAUACCUUUUGAACGAGCUCCAAAAAGCCGAGCUAUUGACUGAAACACAGGCGAAGGCACUCAUGCAUCGUAGACAGACGAACACGCAGAAGCAGAACCUACAACGACCUGAUCAGCAGACUCCGCAAGCAGGAGCUACACUGAUUCUCCGUGCUGAGCCCACAGUUACUAGCAUCCUGAAGACACUCGACUCGGACUAUUCAAAGAAUCAAGAGGGUCUGCUGGGCAUCCUGUGUCACAUCAUAUCAGGAAAGAGCUUUGAGCUUAUCCUCUCUGCUGCUGCAGCUACCGGCAAGCUGAGCAGCUUUGUGAAGAAGCUGAUAAAGUUCAAUGAAUAUAACAAGCAGAGUAGCGGAGAAGCAACUAAGAAUGCACAAACAAGGGCACUGUUAUUUGAUAUUACAUUCUUGAUGCUGUGUCACAUUGCACAACAUUAUGGUAUCCAUUCCAUGACCUUCAGUGAAGAGACAAGGGACUCUUUCUUUGCUGCUUGGGUGCCAGAAUGCCUUGCUGAAGGUGGACGGUACAACUGUCCAGAUAAGAUGCUAGCUGGGUGUGAUCCCGCUAAGGUUGACUUGCUGUUGGAGCAGUUCAUGAGCAACAGCCCAGAUUUCAAGAGCAACCAAGCUAAGUGGCAUGAAGUGUGUGUAAAUGUACCUAUGGCAAUCAAGGAGAUAUUGAUAGCAUGGGAACAUGGUGCAAUCUCGACUGACACUGUCAAGAUGAUUCUAGACAAUGUCAAAAGCCGCAUGUGCUGCCUUCCCGUGUGCAUAUCUGCUUGGCUGUGCAGCUACAUCACUGUCUUGCAUCACGAAGAACGGUUGAAGCCGAUGAACAUGCUUCAACAGUUUAUGACUCCACUUGCUAGUGAUACCGUUGUGAGCACGGAACCAGGCGGCGAGCGCUCAGGUGCACAGGAACAAUCCCUCCAACAAAACCCCUCGUACAAGGAGCGCUCAACACUGAUGGCAAACAUAAUCAAAAAGAUGAUGUAUGAUUUGCACCCACCCCAGCACAUUCAAGUUAUAUCACAUAGCCUGACAGCCAAGACUCCCUUGUGGGAAGUUAUGGAUCAGGUAUUCAGCGUGGCUCAUUCGAGGGGCUGGAUUGAUUGGCGUGCAAUUCACAGCUUGGACACACUUAUGUGCGUUGGUGGUCCCCAGUGGUUCAGUGACACUUUGGUGAGACAGGCUUUGAAGCAUGAUCAUCUUGAAGACCUUCAUCGAGCCAUUGACCUUUCUUUUGGCCUGUUCCACGUAGACAUUGAGCAGUGUGCACUUGCUCUUUUGACUCAAGUGCUCCCGAACUACUUGCUGUGGGAAACACGACAAGACUUUCUCACUGAGCCCAGAGGCUCUGCUUUGGCAAGGCUUGUGGUUCUCAGCACAUUCGCUGCGCUGCAGGCCAGAACAAACUCGCCUACUUUGGGCAUGCAGAGAGGCGGUCGCAAACGGCCUUACUGGGACAUGGAACUUGAAGAGGCCAUGGACGAAUCUAAGCGAAUGCGGCCCAGCAAGAUAAGGCGAGGCCUCAAUGACUCCGAGCUUCUGGACGACACACCCUUUGCAUUGCAGUGCCACUCUGAAGAAAACUACCGUUCCCUGGAUCCUUUGAGCAAGGCAGUGGCUGACACGAUGAGACUGUUGAUGGCUAUAGCCUCAGACUCUGUUAUCAGCCAGCGGUCAGUGUUCCCGCUCCUUUUGUUUGAGCAGGUUGUGCUUUGUGCGGGUGAAGAGGCACACCGUGUGCUCCAGUUUGCCCCGUUGGGCCUCGUACCACAGCUGGUGCGAAGCAUGCCCCUUUUGAUGUCCCACCAGCUGAUUCUAGCCCUGAGCAGUUUGCAGACAUCCAGGGCACGCAAGGUGACUGCCAGGGCCACCUGCCAGUUGCAGAUUGCUCGGUCACUCAACACCACUCACCUUACUUGACGGAAAAGGUAGAUCUCCAUAGCAGUAUUGGUCUUCAAGUAUGGGGACCAAGGCCCCGUUUACACAGUAUGGACUGGCUUUUGCAGUUCUCUUUCCUCAUUACAAAUAUCAUGAUGCAAGAAUGAGCUGCUCUGGCAAAUGUAAAGAUGAAACCAUGCAGUGUUUGACCUGGUUGAAGGAACAAGGGGGCACCUUGGUUUUUAAUGUGUUAUAAAUCUCAUUCUAAUCUGCAUAUUAGCUUUGCCAAAAAGGUAGCAUAAGUUUGUUAUGCAAAAUUACCAUUCCUCCUUUCAGUUCGUUAUCUGAAUAGGUUAGAAAUGGCAUUGAUGCAGGGCGUCAUGGUGAAAGCGCAACAGCAUGGCAGGGGUAAUUGUAAAUUUGAUGUUUUCUCAUGUAGGCUACUUUGGUAUGUGUAAUGUUAAGGUGCGAGUGAAGUGAUGUUCUUGUAUCUUUUCACUGAAAGAGUUGAAAGCUUUUGUCCUUGCUGUAACCAUGUCACACGUUUACACAAUAAUGAGAUGAGAUUUGUCUGUCCUGAAUAAAACCAGGUAAUGUAACUAC